ACAAAAACUGCCCGCGUCUCUAUUCGGAUUCAAUCCACUUCGCUACGUGUCACUGAGGCAACAUCGCUGACUCCAGAGAGAGAGGGGGGGACACCAGGAGCCAGGAGAGCACCUAGAGACGGGACAAGAGAGAGACGGCAGAGCAAGAGACACCGAGAGAGGCGGAACGCAAGGCAGAGGAAGAGGCGAGCCAGAGGAGAGAGGGAGUGGGAGAUGCAUAUUUUCCAGAUCGCCUCUGCGGAAGAGUUGGAGACGCGGACGGGGGAUGAGGAAGAUGUGACCGAGGUGCUGAGCCCCGCCAAAGGGGACGAACUUCAGGGGCCCCCGGGAUACCGAGCCUCCCUCAAGUCCCUGCUCAGCACCAGCACCUUUCAGGUGCUGGUGGUCAUCCUGGUGCUGCUGGAAGCGCUCUUCGUGCUGGCAGAGUUGCUCCUCGACCUCUCCAUCAUCACCUUCCCGCAGGCCGACGUCGUGCACGAGGUGUUCAACUUCCUGUCGCUGGCCGUGCUGACGUUCUUCGUGCUGGAGCGGCUGGCACACGUCUUCGCGUUCGGCAUCGUGGCGUUCACGCGCUCGCGCCUCGAGGUGUUUGACGCCUUCGUCGUGUGCCUCUCCUUCGUGCUCGACAUCGCCUACGCGUCCCGCCGGGACGCCUUCGACGCUGCGGGCCUACUGGUGCUGCUGCGGCUGUGGCGACUCGCCCGCGUGCUCAACGGCAUCGUGAUGUCAGUGAAGAUCCAGGCACAGCGGAAGGUGCGCAAGCUCAAGAAGGAGAACGCGGUGCUGGAGGACAAGGUGACGCAGCUCAAGGAGCAGUGCGCCAAGCAGGUAAGUCGCGGAUCACACUGGCAGUUCCACCGUCGCCACGGUUCAUUGUGACCACAGCUCUAGAU